CUCUCUCUCUCUCUCUCACUAUAUAUAAAUAAAUAUAUAUAUAUAUAUAUAUAUAUAGAUCUUUCCUAUCAAAGGAGUCCACCAAAAAUUUUGGUGGCACUGUUGAGAGUUAGUCCUGCUGGCUUUACCUGCUUAGUCCCAGAACUCCCUCCACCAAUAUCUGAUACUUAUAGCUAGGUAGAAAGCUUUCAUUGUCUCCUAUGGUAAGAGGAUAGCUACCUACAACAAGAUGCAAGAAGCUUUAGAAAUGGCUCACACCACCAAACAAGAGGAAGAGGACAAGGAACAGCCUGCGGAGAUGGAGUAUUUGAACUCUCGUUGUGUCCUUUUCACAUAUUUUCAGGGAGACAUUGGGGCAGUGGUGGACGAACAUUUCUCCAGGGCUCUGAGCCAAAUAAGCACCUUCAAUCCUGAAAGUACAGCAUCAAAGAGCAAACUAGGCAGCAAUUCUCUAUGGAAGGAGAGCCCAUCAGCAUCAUGCCAAAAGAACAGUUUUCCAUCAUCGCUAUGGACAAACUCUUAUCAGGCACCUACUCCACCAUGUCUGAGUGGGGUUCAUCCAGACUUUUCAGCGGCUCCUAGUACCUUCUCAAGCACGGACCAUACCAGCUGGCGUGGGGAAACUUUACAUCAGACCAUACCACCUCCUCCACCAGCUGCUUCAGAAUCCUGGCAUUAUCCAUUGGUUUCUCAGGCAAGCUCGCCAUAUACGCACAUGCAUGAUGUUUACAUGUAUCAUCACCAUGCCCAUCCGCACACCCACCACCACCAUCAUCAUCACCCAAGUUCACACAUUGACCCAAGAUAUGGACAUCUAUUAAUGCCACCAGUAAGAGCCUCAAGGAUUUCCGCUCCCCAGUGUGAUAUUACAAAAACUGAUACCACUCCUGCCACCACUGGUACCACGGCAUGGAACGGAGCAUUUCAUGGUACAGUGGAUAUUGUUCCAAGUUUUGGCUUUGAGACAGGUAUGUGUCACUAAAUAUAAUGAAUGGACAAUGUAGGAUACAGGUAGCUCUUUAUCACGAGCAAACAAGUACUAUAAUGUAGUAUAUAGACCUCAAGGACCAUCGGCGUUGAUGUUAAAAUCGCACGUUAAUUCUCAACAAUGUUCUCAUACAAAACGUGGACAAAUGUGAAUAUGUUUCCAUCUGCUGAUAUAAAGUGGGAGGAAGGGGUAUAAAAUAUUUUUCGUUACACACUGUGUAAUAUAUGUAUAUUUUGUAGAAUAUUUUAUGUGAACACUAGUAAACAACAGUUCAACUCAAA